AUAGACACAUUGCGGCAGAUGCUCUUACAUGCAAGCCCCAAGCCCCGAAACCUGUGAGGGUCAGUACUAUAAAUAUCCGAUCUCGUCGGAACCCUACCCUUUUGAGAACUCCCCUUCUCCGCCACUACCGAAGCCCUUGUACCCCUCACCGCCGCCGCUGCUGCUAGGGAGCUUCCAUCCGCGCGCGCCUACAACGAGAGCUAGCAGCGGUAGCGGCCGUUAUCUUGUCGCUCCGGCUCCGUUCGUGUACCCAAGUCCCAGCCUAGAUGCCGCAGAUGGAGGGGUCCACUGAUCAGAUCGCCGCCGGCUGGUUCGCUAAGGAGCCGGCUUCCGAGCGGCCCGUGGGCUUGCCGAGGACCGGCUCUUCCAGUCGCCUCAACGCGCAGGCGCCGGAGUUCGUGCCGCGGGGGCCGCCGCCACCGGCGCCGGCGGUUGUGCUGCCGCCUCCGCCGCAGGUGAUCCGCAUGUUCGCCGCGCCUCCCCCGCCGCCGCGUGGGGGCUUCUUCUCCGCGCCGCAGCCCCGGCCGUUCGAGUACUAUGCGCCUAUCGGUGAACGCAGCGGAUUUGCUGCCAAGGAGCAACAGGCGCCGGAGCUGGAAGCGGAGAUGCUCCCGCCCGCCGCGGUGAAGACGGAGCCGGUGGUGGAUGGGCUCGACGACGAGGUGGUGCACAAGAUCACCAAGCAGGUGGAAUACUAUUUUAGUGACAUCAACCUUGCUACUACAGAACAUCUGAUGAGAUUCAUUACCAAGGAUUCUGAGGGAUUUGUGCCAAUAUCGGUAAUUGCUGGCUUUAAGAAAGUAAAAACUUCUGUGCGCAAUAAUGUGAUGCUUGCUGCGGCUCUCCGAACCUCAUCAAAACUUGUUGUAAGCGAUGACGGUAAGAGAGUCAAAAGGCAGCAGCCAUUUACAGAAUCUGAUUUGCAGGAGCUCCAGUCCCGGAUUGUUGUAGCAGAAAAUCUUCCUGGUGAUCCCUCCUACCAGAAUCUUAAGAAGAUAUUUUCAGCUGUUGGAAGUUUGAUUUCAAUCCGAACUUGCUAUCCUCAGACUCCAAAUGGCACUGGUCCUGCAACUAAUAGAUCUUCCAAGUUAGAUAUGCUUUUUGCUAACAAGAUUUUGGAGCUCAAUGAUGAGAAAAACUGGAGAAAUGGGCUUAGAGUUCGGUUGCUGAAUACUUGCACGGUGAAGGGGGCAGGCAAAGGAAAAAACGGAAUGAAUGAAACUGAUGGAAAUAGUGAGGAGGAUGUCUCCACUUUGAACCAUUCUAACGAGAAACAGUUUGAACAAUCCUCUCAACUGUUAGAUGUACUGCCGGAACACUUGUUUGAUGAGAAUUUCAACAAGGAAGUUCCCAAGCGCGGCAAAGGGCGCGGUCGCGGUGGCAGAGGGCAUGGGCGUGGCAACCAUCAAUAUAACAAUCACCAUCACAAUAACCAGCACCACCAGAACAACCAGCCGCAGUACAAUAACCAUGGCAACAACCACCUUGGUGGGAACCGUGGCAGCCUUCACUCUGUUGGUACUACACCGCAUAACCUGAUAACCAAGCUUGAGCCGCAUCCGCAGCUGCCUAUUGGGGCCAACAAGCUUCCACCAGGCCCCCGCAUGCCUGAUGGCACCAGGGGUUUCACCAUGGGCAGGGGGAAGCCACAGGCUGUGCUACCUGGGUUGUGUGCUGUUGGUGUUGAGUGAGGCAUGCAGAUUGCUGCUUGUAUGCUUGUAUUGUAUAUCUUUGUGGUGGGAGUAUUUGUGCGUCACACUUUGUGGACACGGCGAGCUGUCAAAACCAGUAUAUUACAUUCGCUUUGUAAUCGUGUAUCUGGCAAUUUGGUCGGUUGGCACGGGUAUGAAUCAAUUUUUUUUGAAAUCA